UGAAAGACAGUAGUUUGAACUUUGGCCCCAUGCUACAAAUUAUUAUUUCUGUACAUUUUUCAGUUGCCUCAUUGGUAAGGAAAAGUGUCUGGUUGCUCUAGUGUACCAUAUAUCUGCUGACGGAAGAGUAAAGAAACUAGCUCAUAAUCAAUUUUGCAGAUGCAGCAAAAUAAGAUGAGCCUCUUUGGGUUUCUAGUUUUCUUUGCAUAUCUUGCAAUAGCAUCUUCUCUGGUGGAAGUUGAAGAUAAUGAUUUAAGGAACAAGCAAGCUGGCAUGCAGCUCAAUUUGUAUCAUGUUACAGGUCUUGACUCCUCUCUAAAAUCCACAUCACCAUUUUCAUUCUCUGACAUGUUCAUAAAAGAUGAGGAGCGUGUCAGGUCUCUUCAUUCCAGAUUGGUUAACCAUUCAGAUACUACUGCCUCUUCUGAUAAAGUGGAGGGACCAAAACUUGUGAACACGCCAUUGAAAUCAGGUUUGUCAAUUGGCUCAGGCAAUUACUAUGCAAAAAUGGGAAUUGGGACUCCUGCUAAGUAUUUUAGCAUGCUUGUAGACACUGGUAGCUCUCUCUCCUGGCUCCAGUGCCAGCCUUGUGUUAUAUACUGCCAUGCGCAGGUUGACCCUGUCUUCAAUCCUUCCACUUCCAAGACCUAUAAAACCUUUCCAUGUUCAUCCUCUCAGUGCUCCUCUCUCAAGGGCUCCACACUCAAUGCCCCAACUUGUUCAAGUGGAUCUGGUGCUUGUGUCUACAAAGCAAGCUAUGGUGACACUUCUUUCUCACUUGGUUAUUUGAGUCAAGAUGUGCUAACCUUAUCUCCAUCAGAGACAUUAUCAAGUUUUGUGUUUGGGUGUGGACAGGACAAUCAAGGGUUGUUUGGAAAGUCUGCUGGUAUCUUAGGCCUAGCCAAUGACAAACUCUCCAUGUUUGCCCAAGUGUCAAGCAAACAUGGCUAUGCCUUCUCCUAUUGUCUCCCCACAUCAUUUUCUGCCCCCAACUCUUCCAACAAAGGUUUCUUGUCCAUUGGAAGCUCAUCAAUAACAUCAACAUCAUCAUACAAGUUCACUCCUUUGGUUAAGAAUCCAAUGCUUCCCACCUUGUAUGGUCUGGAUUUGACAGCUAUUACUGUGGGAGGAAAGCCAUUGGGAUUAGCAGCAUCAAGUUAUAAGGUGCCUACUAUCAUAGACUCCGGUACAGUAAUUACAAGGCUACCUAUGCCAGUUUAUACUGCACUUAAAAACUCUUUUGUGAGGAUAAUGUCCAAAAAGUAUGCACAAGCCCCAGGAAUUUCAAUAUUGGAUACUUGUUUUAAGGGGAAUGUCAAAGAAAUGUCAGAAGUGCCUGAGAUUCAGAUGAUAUUUGGUGGGGGUGCUGAUCUUCCACUUAAGGCUCAUAAUACCCUUAUAGAACUUGACAAGGGAGUUACUUGUUUGGCCAUUGCUGGGAGCUCUGAAAAUAACCCUAUUGCCAUUAUAGGGAAUUAUCAACAGCAGACAUUUAAGGUGGCUUAUGAUGUUGCCAAUUCAAAGAUUGGAUUUGCAGCUGGUGGCUGCCAGUGACCACUGGUACUACUUGUUCCCUGACUAUAUCAGUUUCAACUCAUAAAGCUGGGGUUGGAUACAAUUUAUCAGAUGAUGCUUGCCAUUGCAAAUAAAUAUAUGUUGAAAUAAAUAUUAAAGACCUCCUGCAAAGGCUUGUUCUGUAUAAUAGCUAUGCAAAUAACAGCAAUGACUAUUUAAUACUCAGACGAAA